UCGUUCGCGGCAGCUUACUCGCUGUUUACUUCGAUUCACAGCUUUCAUUCUGCCUGACACGCAACAGCACCUAGCAAGAUUCAGCCCAGGCACUGCUUUAAUCAAAUAUUUCGCACACUCUUCUGGCACUAUGUUCAAUACUCCAGCGCACUACCGCAGUGGUCGGAGCAACUUGCCGACUCUUAAUAUUCCACAGCCUGGUCAGAACGAGCAAACCCCUCGAUCCCAUUCCGACAUUGUGAUCGGCAUCGACGUUGAGACACUCCUCAAUCAGCUACAACGCCAUCCAUACUUUGAUCACUACUUGCCCGUUACCGAGGCAUACCUCCGGGUCGACGAUGAGGAUUAUAGAGUUGUUCUCUCUGUCAUCCUCUAUCUUCGCAAUUUGCCCGGACGUCGGUUGGCAUUUUGGCGCCACUACCACCCAACCAUCUAUUAUACCCUACCUCCAGAUCUCUUCGAUAUGAUCACACAGAUGCGGCAAUGCAAGAGCUGGAACAGAGACAAAGGCAAGGUCAUUGCUCUUCUCAACAGCGCUCGGACGCUGAAUGAUCCUGCUCAGGCCGUUACUGCAGAUUCGCGGCGCGGAGAUUGCGGCACACAUCUUUCACCCGCCAGUGCUACUCGCUCACCUUCCCGAGAGUCUCUUCUCCGGCCUGCGUCUGCUCAAUCCUCCUGGGAGUCCUCUGGUGUCAACCUCCAUCAGUCACCCAGUUUUCAGGCCGAGUCGAUUUGCAGCGGAGGUGAAGGCACGCCAGCAUCAACUAACGCUGCCGGCCCGUCCAGGCAUGGUUCGCGUAAAGCACCUCGGGGCUUCCGCUUUUGGUGUCCUUACUCCAACUGCAAAAAGCGCAAAAAGCACUACUUGCGACAGGGCGACUUCGAAAAUCACCUGGAAAAUGUCCAUGGGCAGUUGGGAAUACCAAAUGUGCAGACCCACCUGCACCCUGCACCCGAGAAUGACAAUCGAAGUAUUGACGCUUCAAAUGAGCACGGCAUGACUGCCAUGCGCAUGAACAACAUGUCCUCCCGCAUGCCUUAUCCAGCCUUCUCCAUGCCCAAUCCUAGCACUCCAAUUGGCACAUCUCCUAUGCUGGACCACCAACCUGACACUCCAACACCUGACUCUGUUGGCUCAGAUGUUGUUCAAGCCGAUGGACCAGGACGUGACUUGGACAUGUUGGAUCUCCCGAACGCGUGGCCAACAGCUCCCAACAUGCCCUUGCAUGACAUCUCGUUCAAGUCUUCCGAUAAUCAGUCAGAUUGGUUGUCCUAUUCCAACUGGCAGUCAUAUUUUGGUCCCCACCAGCAAUCGUAUUCUUCAGAUAGGCGACCGGACUAGCGUCAAAGGUACAGGCGAAGACAGUGAUCAUCACAUCAUACGUGAUAACA